AGUGAUACGAGCGAUCGUGUUACUCGCGCAGGUUACUCGUCGGCGCGCCGUGCUCAGCGAGCCACCAGUCGUGUUCCGGACGUGUUCGUCGCGUUACGCAGGUCGUCGCAGCCGUGUCACCGCCGCCGCCGCCGCCGCCACCGCACAGUUUCGGCGAAAUUUUCCGGUUCGUGUCUAAAUUAAUUAAUAGGUAGAGUACUAUCAUGAUAUUAUCCGGACGUACCGUAAUUAAUUAUUGCGACAACUGUGUACGGUUUUCGUCCAUCGCAACGAGCAUAAUAUCGUUAUCGUAAUAAUAAUAUUAUUAAUAUUUUUUUCUUCGAACAAUAAUAUUAUCAUCGUUUGAUUAGUAAAACUUUAAAAUUUUAAUUCCGUGACCGACGAGUGUGAGAGCGAAUUUCGCGUUUUUAUCUUUGCUGACAACCGCACGAGGUUACAUAAUGGCGUCAAAACUUUAUAAUAUAAUUGUUGGUGGUGCUUCAGUUGGCGCUGGGGCAUAUUUCACCACAUGGUUAUUGACUGGAGAAAAUCCAACACAAUUACAAACGGUACAAGCGGAAGCCGGGAAAAAAACUGGAAGACUACGGACAUUACCUCCAAGAAGUACUCAAAUUCAAUCUUUAAAUUCGGAAGAAUUCGAUGUCCUAAUUAUUGGAGGUGGUGCUACCGGUGCUGGCUGUGCUAUAGACUCAGUCACACGAGGUUUAAAAACUGCAUUGGUCGAGUUAGACGAUUUUGCGUCAGGUACAUCAAGUCGCAGCACAAAACUCAUCCACGGUGGUGUACGUUAUUUGCAAAAAGCAAUACUUAAUUUAGAUUUGGAACAAUACAAAAUGGUCAAAGAAGCAUUGCAUGAGCGAGCAACAAUGCUUAAGACGGCUCCUCAUUUAACCCAUGCAAUACCAAUCAUGUUACCAGUUUAUGAGUGGUGGAAAGUUCCUUACUACUGGGUCGGUAUUAAAGCAUAUGAUCUUGUAGCAGGUUCAAAAACAGUUAAAAGUUCUUAUUAUUUAACCAAAACUGAAGCAUUAGAAAUAUUUCCCAUGCUUAAAAAAGAUAAAUUGGUUGGAGCUAUUGUAUACCAUGACGGCCAACAAGACGACGCUAGAAUGUGCCUUGCUUUAGCACUGACAGCAACUCGUUAUGGUGCCACAGUAGCAAAUCAUGUAAAAGCAGUUCAUAUUAUUAAAGACGAUAAAGGAAAAAUUUGUGGUGCACACCUCCGAGAUGAACUCACUGGAAAAGAAUGGGAUGUUAAAGCAAAGUGUGUCAUAAAUGCUGCCGGGCCUUUUACUGAUUCUGUACGGAAAAUGGAUGAUAGCAAUGUCAAGGAAAUAUGUACUCCUAGUAAAGGUGUACACAUUGUGUUACCUGGUUAUUACAGCCCUGAGCAAAUGGGACUUUUGGAUCCUGAAACAUCUGAUGGCCGUGUUAUAUUCUUUUUACCAUGGCAAAAACAUACAUUAUCAGGUACCACAGACAGCCCAUGUGCUGUAACUUAUAAUCCCACACCUACUGAAGAUGAAAUUUCGUUCAUAUUGAACGAAAUAAAAAAUUAUCUUAACUCAGAUGUCGAAGUACGCCGAGGUGAUGUUUUAAGUGCGUGGGGUGGUAUUCGUCCAUUAGUGUCGGAUCCAAACAAAGGUGACACUCAGUCAUUGGCACGUAAUCAUAUUGUCCAUGUUAGCAAAUCUAAUUUAAUAACAAUUGCUGGAGGAAAGUGGACUACUUAUAGAGCUAUGGCUCAAGAAACUAUUGAUGCUGCAAUACAAGCUGUCCCGGAGUUGAAACCAACAAAACCUGAAUGUCAAACAGAUGGUCUCCAAUUGGAAGGUGCACAUGGAUGGACACCAACAAUGUACAUAAGAUUAGUGCAAGAUUUUGGUUUGGAAUGUGAAGUCGCUCAACAUUUAGCCACGUCAUAUGGUGACAGAGCAUUUGCUGUAGCUAAAUUAGCUAACCUCACUGGAAAACGUUGGCCAGUAAUUGGUAAUAAAAUUCACCCUGAGUUUCCAUACAUUGAUGCUGAGAUUCGUUAUGGAGUAAGAGAAUACGCUGUUACGGCUGUUGAUAUGAUUGCUAGACGUUUACGAUUGGCAUUCCUGAAUGUACAAGCUGCUCAAGAAGCACUCCCAACUAUUGUAAACAUUAUGGCCGAAGAAUUAAAUUGGAAUGAUGAAGAAAAGGAGAAACAAUUGAAAAUGGCCAACCAUUUCUUGGCCACUGAAAUGGGUAUGAGCGUGAACAGAGCAUCUCGAGACAAAAUUCCAAUUACUCUAUCCCAGGAAGAGGUCAAAAUGUAUGUAAAGAGAUUCCAGAUUCUUGAUCAUGAUCACAAAGGAUAUGUUUCCAUCAACGACAUUCGUAGGAGUAUGAAGAAUGCUGGUGAAAAUGUAACUGGAGAUGAGCUUCAUGAAAUUUUGAAAGAAAUAGACACCAAUAUGAAUGGCCAAGUUGAGCUGGAUGAAUACUUACAGUUGUGUUUUUUAUUAGAUGAUGUCGGCACUUAAAUCUGGUCAUAUAUCCCACUCUCGUUUUGCAAGAAUGGCCGAAUUAGAAGAAUUCCAUAACAAAACUCAAAGCAAAAUCAGUGUGGAAAGAAGUGGUGGUGGUUUUUAGAUGAAAAUUCUAUUGCAUUAAAUCACAAAUUAUUUAUUUAUUUUUGGUUUUGUUUUAGCGUCCGCAAACAACUUUUUAGAUAUAAUGAAUUCUACCAUAACCAAAGUAUUUCUUUAAUUUUAAUUUUUGUUUUGUUACAAAGUGUUACUAUAUAUAAAAAUAAAAAUUACUGUUAUGACCACAAUGUUAAAAAAAAAAAAAAUAUAGAAAAAUCUACAACAAA